AUGACAGAAGUAAUUUAUCGCAAAACUGCAAAAAAUAUUAAAUUCAAACCUUGCAAAACAUUUAUCGAUGAACAAUUAUCAAAUGAAUUGGCUAGCUCAUUGAAUGACGAGAAAAUUUCUAACCAUGAUUCAGAAGCUAAUGAAUUGGCUACAAAUCUCAAAGAAGAUCAUGAUGUAUCCCAAACAUUUCAAUUACUGUCAAGUCAAUAUUCACUGUCCAAUUCAAAGCCAUCAGAAGCAGCAGUUGAAAAUACUUCAUCAUUAGAUCGCUGGACAAAAUCAGCUGAACAGAUUGGUACAAGACCAGCAGUAGAUAAAUAUACUCUUUCUCGAUAUAGUCCUUUAGAAUGGCGUUUACAUAAUCAUAUUUUAUCAGAAGAAAUUAAAGAACCAGUCGAUAAUGCCAAAAAUAUGACACACCAUAUACAUUUUGCUGAAAAUGAAAUUUUUAGUCAAGUAGAUAAAAAUAAACUUGAAACUGAAAUUCACUUGAAAGAUCGAGCACGUAUUAUCUAUAACUGGAAACGUACAUUAGAGCAUAAUAUAAAGGAAACUGUUUCUGAGAUAGAAAAUGUUCAAAAGAUAAUAAAACAAUUGGUAAAAUCUAAUCAUACUGUAACGUUAGUAAAAAAUAUAAAUCAUGAUAUUCAACAAAUGAGAAAUAAGAGAUUAGGACCAGAUCUUGUUCAUGACUCAGUUUCUGAAGAAAUAACUAAGGAAGGAGCACUUUGUAAAGAAAUACUAGAUUUAUACACAAAAAUUAUAAAUGAAGGAAAAAAAUAUAUACAAGAAUUGAAAGGUGCUAAACAAAAAUUAGAACAAGAUUGGUCCGAUAAAAAAGAUACCUAUAACAUAGAAAUCGAGUGCCUAGGUAUGAAAAAUGGGUCUCCAACGGUACAUUGGAAACCAGGAUGUGCUCAGUUACCUGAUAGGCAGUAUCAUCUUACAGGACAUGAAUAUGUGUCUAAAGAUAAUAUAGUCUUUAAUCAAACUGCAAUUACACGAGCUAGACUUUUUUGUAAAGAUACAAAAGAUAUGGUAAAAAAAGCAGUACGAAAUUUAAAACUUCAAGCAGAUAAAGUUGAUGUUGCAUUGAAGAAAAGAAAUUAUGAAACUCAAAAAGCAUAUAAAUAUCUUGAAAACAAUUUAAUUGAGUGUUUGAAGUCAAUAUCAAAUUUAGAAGCUACAAUUGCUAAGACAUCUAAAUCCAUCAGAAAGUUGGAUGGACCAAUGAAAUGUGCACAAACAAAACUACAUAUGCGUUUACAGAGAAACAAUAUUGAGCAAUGUCGUGAUUUUUCUCAGUUUUGUCUAAUUGACGAAGUAAAAGAUAUAUCUGCAGGAGUAAGUGCCUUAGAUACUCAAACAAAAAAUGCAGAAAUGGUACUAGAAGAUUUGAAAAAAAUACAAAACAAAUUACAAAAUGAACUUUUGAUAAAACAAAAUACAUUAUGGGUCGAUCAAAAUAUGUGUCAAAAUAUGAGAGCAUAUUUUCCAUCAGAUCAAGGUUUACAUGGUUAUUAAUAUAUUAAAAAAAACUCGACCAUUUCAUUUUAA